CACUUUCGGCUGCCAUGAUUUGGACUUGGAGUUUGACUGUCAUCGUGUAGUCUUAUUAGCGACCGAAUAUUUUUAAAAUGAUUUACGCGAAAAGUAUAAGCUGUAUUACUAGUAUCGUCACUUUAUUUAUAGCGCCAAUAUUAGCAGAAUGGAAUACACAAGAUUAUAUUCGAAGGGAACAUUCAUUAACGAAACCUUACCAAGCAAGUGGUAUGGCGAUGCCUUACUGGGACUUUUUAGGUAGCACGAUAGUUACUUCAAAUUAUGUUCGACUCACACCCGAUUUGCAGUCAAAAUCAGGCGCAAUUUGGAAUACUCAUCCAUGUCACACUCGCAAUUGGGAUUUACAAGUGCAGUUCAAAGUGCACGGGCGUGGCAAAGACUUGUUUGGUGACGGAUUUGUCAUUUGGUAUGUGAAGGAUCGUAUGCAAACUGGCCCAGUGUUCGGCAGCAAGGACUAUUUCAAUGGUCUCGCUAUAGUCAUGGAUACGUACAGCAAUCAUAACGGUGCUCAUAAUCAUCAGCACCCAUACAUAUCAGCAAUGAUAAACAAUGGUACAUUGCACUAUGACCAUGAUAGAGAUGGUACUCACACGCAGUUAGCUGGCUGCGAGGCCAAAUUCAGAAACUAUAACCAUGACACAUACAUAUCCAUUGUAUAUAGGGAUGAUACUCUUAUUGUAUCAACAGACCUAGAAGGCAAGAAUGCUUGGAAGGAAUGCUUCAAAGUGGAGAAUGUUCUAUUGCCAACGGGAUACUUCUUUGGAGCCUCAGCUACUACUGGCGACUUGAGCGACAACCAUGAUAUUAUCGCUAUUAAGAUGUAUGAGCUGGAUUUAUUAGAAUCGCAAAAUAAAAAUGAAGACAGAUCGCACAUAAUCCCAUCAGCGGCGACGUUCGAAGCUCCGCGUGAGAGAAUAGAAGAUAGCAAACCCGCCAUGUCGGGCGUCAAAACCUUCCUCUGGAUGAUGUUUAUAGCAAUCGUCAUCAUCGUACUCGUUGUACUUGGCAUCAUGUGGUACCAAAAACGACAAGAGAACUCUAGGAAACGCCUCUAUUGAUCGAAUGUGCAUCAAAUAUACUGGCAACAUUUGUGCUCUGU